AUGGCGGGCUGGCGGGUGAAGAGAGGGGAGCCAAUUUGCUACCCACGCUUGUUAGCGUUCAGCACGUGAGUUGAUGAGUUUAAAGGCCAGACAGCAAAGUUAUUUCAAACAGCAAACCUAGACAAACCUUCCCUUUACACUACACCAGGGAUAAGUUGGGAAGCAGAAAGAAAAUUGCUGUGCCCCAAGAACAAAGGGUAACUUAUUCUCCUUCAUGGCACACAGAAUAAUCUUCAUGAUCUUAAAUUUCCAAGGCAGAAAACCAGGCAAUUAAUUUUAAAUGCACUGGCUUUGCAAGAGAGAGAUGUUUAAUUCUUUACCUAAUAAGAAACCUAUUUCCCUAUCAUACAAGCUUUUCAAUAAUAUUAGCACUAGGUUUUUCUCCAAGGAGUGUAGACUGCUGCUGUUCAGGUUUACAGCCAUCCAUGCCUUUUUUCCGGGAUACUCCAUUCCAGUUCCCCUUCCCCUGGUUCCCAUCCCCCUAACAGUCAGUGAACUUUCUGCACCCACUGAGCAGGCUCUUUUUAGUUGUUCUCCUUAGCUUACUUUUACCCACACCACUUUUUAAAAUGUUGUCUGAACUUUUGGAAACCUUCAGGUUUCCCAGCUUGUUAAUACCACCUCCUUUUGCUUUCUUGACAGUGGCAUUUCACCUCUGGCUGUCCCUGCCCAGAGCAGCUCAUAGCGCCAGAAGGUAAUGAAAACUGUCUUUGGUGGUAGAGUUCCACCCUGCCCAUUAUAGGUUAAUGAAGCUGAAAUGUGGAAACCCUGUUAUUUUAUGGGUGGGUUUUGAUUUUCUGUUGUCAAGGUGGUGUGUUAGAGCAUUUUGUCACGUCCUUGUUGGACACAGAGCUUCAGGGGCAUUCUCAGAAAGUGGUAUAGACUAAAAAAUAAAAUUGCUGAAACUAGCUCCUAUAUUUGUUCACAUUGACUGAAUGAGGGAACAAUUAACUGCACCGUAAAUGCUCUGUACUUACCUUCCGUGUAAAACUUGAUGGUGCGCACCCACACACGCACACACACUGGAAAGUAUAGUUUUCAGGCAUUUUUCUUGCAUGUUAUUCAUUCAUUCAUUGAAUUGGAGGAGGUCUAUACAACCCCUUGCUUAACACAGAAAAUCAUGAUGCACUGGGGUGAGAACUAUAAUACAUCCUGGAGAUUCUUAAAGUUAUUUUUUUCUGUCGCCUGAUGCAAAACAUAGACACACCAUGUGAUAGAACCCAGGUUUGAUUUAAAAAGGCACCUACCUAUUCAGCAGAAGUAUGUGGCAUAACCCUCCUCUGAAGACAUUAACUCCAUGCGCAUGGAAAACUAGCACAUUAGGACUAGGCUAUGGAACCCUUCAUCUUGAUAUGCUAGUUGCUCUGUGUGCAGGGAUUUUAACAUGGGUAAAAUAUUCACUCAUUCCAACCCCCCUUUGCAUUACCCAGGAUUAUAGCACAUGCUUUCUAUGAAUACACACUUUAUCCCCAGAAGGCUCUGAAAUAUACCACACAAGAAUAACUCCACAAGCUGUCAGCCAAGUCUUGCACCUUACGCAUGACUAUAUCUUAAGAUGCUGAGAAUGCAAGUUGUUUUUGCAGCAGAAUUGUGCCUGUGAUUCCUCAACAUGUGCAUGCAGUGUGACAUUCCAGUUCAACACACGUUGUAAAGCCUUCAGGACAUGGAGAAUUGUGAAUUCAGCAUACAGGAAUCCACUGAAAUUAUGUCUGCUGAUCUUGAUGACGUGGACUUGGCUCUCGGUAGUUGAAUAG